AUGGACGCCCCCACGCAGCACCAGGAGUCGGUCUCGGACCUGGCCGUCGCGGCGCAAUACGCCGACGAAGAGCUGCACUCGGUCACGGCGCAGUUCGCGAGCGCCGCCAGCGUCAGCGCCGCGCCCACGGCCCCGAUGGUGGCGGUCGUCACGGACGACAAGGACGAGAGCGACAGCGACAGUGACAGCUCGGACGACGAAGCGCCAGCCAAUGACAAGGCGGAAGAAGACGCCAAGCAGGUGAAGAAGGAGGAGGACGCCUCGGCCGAGGCAGCCGACGACAGCGACGACGAAGAAGGAGAAGACCCCGCCAAGCUCCGCGCCGAGAUCGAGGCGGCCAUGGAGAAGGAGGCCAACAAGACUGGCGGCCCACUCACCACAGAGAACGAGGUGCUUUCGGCGCCCGUGCGUGAGCCUGGUGUGGAGCUCACGGCCGAUUGCCCCAUUGCCCAGUGCGGCAGCAUCCUGAACGUCAGCGUGCCGGGUCUCAUGAUGACCAUCAAGUCCGACCCCAACACCAAGCCGCUGGACGAGGGCAGCGUGCUGUGUCUCGAGGACCGCACCGUGAUCGGCUGUGUGGACGAAGUGUUCGGCCCCGUGCUCAUGCCUAUGUACCUGGUGCGCUUCGAGAACGCGGCCAAGAUGCCGGAGAAGGCAGCGAUGAACGUCCCCGUGUACUACGCCACCGAGCACACGACGUACAUUGUGCCCGAGAACAUCAAGGACAAGGGCACGGACGCUUCCAACAUUUUUGACGAAGAAGCGGACGAUGCCGAGUUCUCGGAUGAUGAGGCGGAAGCGGCAGCCAAGCGAGGGAACCGAAAGCGCAACCGCGGAGGUGCACCGUCGUCUGGCAAUGAAGGAUCUGGAUACGCCCCAUCUGUGGGCAGAGGUGGUGGGCGUGGUGGACGCGGAGGCCGAGGAGGCCGUGGAGGCAACUUCUCGGACUACAACUCCCGGCAGAAUCCGUCGCCCCACGGAGGACGCGGUAGCUACGGUCAGCAACCGUCGUCGAUGUCGGCUAUACCCGCACUGCAGACUCAGCCGUACGGUGGCGCUACCAAGUACACGCAGCCUGGAGGUUUCGGCGGGGCGUUUCCCGUGCAGUACGGAAACACCAAGUACACGUCUCCUCGAGGAGCUGCUAUGCCUCAGCCACCGUACAGCGCAGUGGGGCAGGCUCCUGCACCGGGUUACUACCAGCCUCCGCCGCCGCCACCCGGGCAGUACAAUGCUCACAACCUGCCGCCGUAUCCGCCCCAGGCCCCGCCUCCUCAGACCUCGUACCAACAGUACCAGCAACCACGAGCACCUUACACGCAGCCGCCGCCUCCAGCUCCAUACGGCCAGCCUCAGCCCCCUUACGGCCAGCCUUACGCACCACCGACUGCGCCGUACGGUCAGCCGCAGCCACCUCAGUACCAGCCUCAGCACGGUGUACCUCCUCCGCCUCCGCCGCCUCCUCCAGCAAAUGGCUACUAUGGCGGAGCUAACGGUCAGCCUCGUGGACCUCCCGGUCAACCGCUUUAG